AUGACUAACCCCCAAGAUAAUUCUAGCACUCCUCCACCAGUAUCCCCUUCUAAUACAUCCUCAUCUACACCCCCUAGUGAAACCCCAAAACCUAGGUUUCGUAGGCAGAAAAUGUUGGCCAGAAAAACUGUAGCUUCUGGAGCUCUAAGAAAAGUUCUAAAUGAGAAAUUGAAGGCUAUCCAUAGGAAGGAAAGUCCUACUCAAGAAUCUAACUCAAGCUCUGAGUCUGAAGCUUUUAUUUUUGCCAGCGAAAGUGAAGAACAUGGGCCAUCUGACACUGACAAAAUUCGAGAAGCCCUUGGUGAGGUAGGUUCUUGUGUGGUAUUCUCUACUGUGGUUGAAAAUGUAGAAAAUAUGUUUGUCUUGGUUGGUCCUUUCAAAGAUGUAAAGGGGGUUGAAUCUAGUAGAAGUGAAGGUGGCAACAAGUUAGGGGGAAGUGGUUCUGGGGAGGCGGCUGAAGGGCUUGUGCAUCUAAGCAAGAAACAAGAUGAACCUUGUUCAUCUGCUGAGGAAACACUAGCUGAUCUUCUAAAGAGGGUUGGGGCCAGUUAUGAUCCAAAGAAGUGUAAAGCUUCCACACAAAAGGCUCCAACUGCUUCCAAGCCAACAAAGAAAAGCAAAAUGUCAACCCCAAAACCUAAUGUACCUUCAGUAUUUAAGGGAAGAGCCACUAGAAGUAGGGUCAAACAAAGGGAAGCUGAGUUACAGAAAGCUCUGGAAGAAAGUAAGAAGAAAAGGAAGGAGAAGGGGAAAACAAAGGUUGCGGAAAGUUCUGAGGUUGCAGAAGAAGAAGAAGAAGAAGAAGAGAUGGAACUGGUUCAUCAAGAAAGGGGAACAACUGUGGAGGUUCCUACACCCAAACCAAAAAGGGUAAAGGCUUCUUCCAAGAAGUCUUCCUCUGAACCUGUAUGUGCUGAUCCCUCUUUAGCCAAAAGAACCACAUCUGCAGUAAAAGGUAAGCAGAUAAAAAUUACUGAGGAAGAAGAAGAAUGGAGUGGAGAAGAAGAAGAAAAGGAAUCUGAAAAGGAACAAGAUAGGUUUGCCAUCUUUGGCAGAAGAAAUUUUUUGAAAGGAAGACUGUUGAGAGACCUGGAUGAGCCAGGAAUGAGAAGACUGGUGGAUGUCCUAACUGCAUAA